AUGAUGACUAUGGUUAGCUUGUUUUCCUUCACAAGUCCUGCAGUGAAAAGACUUUUGGGGUGGAAACAAGGAGAUGAGGAGGAAAAAUGGGCUGAAAAGGCUGUGGACUCACUAGUGAAAAAACUGAAGAAAAAGAAAGGGGCAAUGGAGGACCUGGAGAAAGCCCUCAGCUCACCAGGGCAGCUUAGCAAAUGUGUCACCAUCCCAAGGUCUUUGGAUGGGAGAUUACAAGUGUCUCACCGUAAAGGUUUACCACAUGUUAUUUACUGCAGGGUAUGGCGAUGGCCAGAUUUACAGUCCCACCAUGAGUUAAAACCUCUCGAGUAUUGUGAGUUCCCAUUUGGUUCAAAGCAGAAAGAAGUAUGUAUUAACCCUUAUCAUUACAGGAGGGUGGAAAUGCCAGUGUUACCACCUGUACUUGUGCCACGUCAUAGUGAGUUCAACCCACAACACAGUCUACUUGUCAAGUUUCGCAAUGUGCCUCUGCCACCUCAGAAUGAACCUUUGAUGCCACACAAUGCUACCUUUCCAAGCUCUUUUCAUCAACAAAUAAAUCCUCCUUACCCUCCUUCACCCAACAAUGCUUUCCCCCAGUCUCCAACCAACGUCAACUAUCCCAAUUCUCCUGGCAGUUCUGGUUCAAGAAGCCCAUACCAACUCACAGCCAGGACACCAACGCCUCUGUAUGGACCCACAGACAAACAGGUGAUGCGGGAUGUUCAGCCAAUGGAUACCUCAAACGACUCCUCAUUAAUGUGUCAAAUCUUGUCAAUUGAUUUCCUUUCAGAUUUACAGCCUGUCUGCUAUGAAGAGCCAGAUCACUGGUGCUCUAUCGUCUAUUAUGAACUAAACAAUAGAGUUGGAGAGGCUUUUCACGCAUCAGCAACAAGUUUACUGGUUGAUGGAUUUACAGAUCCCUCCAAUAAUAAGAACAGGUUCUGCCUUGGGCUCCUGUCUAAUGUAAAUCGAAAUUCUACAAUUGAAAACACCAGACGGCACAUUGGAAAAGGUGUCCACCUGUACUAUGUUGGAGGUGAAGUUUAUGCCGAAUGCUUGAGUGACAGCAGCAUCUUUGUUCAGAGUCGCAACUGCAAUUAUCAACAUGGCUUUCAUCCAACUACUGUUUGCAAGAUUCCCAGUGGCUGUAGCCUCAAGAUAUUCAAUAAUCAGCUCUUUGCACAGCUCUUAGCUCAAUCUGUAAAUCAUGGAUUUGAGGUGGUCUAUGAAUUGACGAAAAUGUGCACAAUUCGCAUGAGCUUUGUGAAGGGCUGGGGAGCAGAAUAUCAUCGUCAAGACGUUACAAGCACUCCCUGUUGGGUAGAGAUUCAUCUGCAUGGGCCACUGCAAUGGCUGGAUAAAGUUCUAACCCAGAUGGGUUCACCUCAUAAUCCCAUCUCUUCAGUCUCUUAA